AUGGAAAUAGUUCAGGCGAAUCCACACGCAUUGGUUACCGACGAAAGGGAAGGAGGGGCGGGCCCGGGACCGGGCCCAGGAGGGGGAGAGAGAAAAACGGGGCUGCACUUCCCCAAUAUGCUAAUAAGCAGCCACAAGGGGGAAGUGUACUCAGUGAAUUUUUCAUCUGACGGAAAGUUCAUCGCUUCUGGCAGCUUCGACAUGACGAUAAUGGUGCACAAUGUCUACAACGAGUGUGAAACGUUAUGCGUUUUAAGAGGACAUAAGAAUGCAGUCUUGCAAGCCAAGUGGUGUAGAGACGACACACACAUAUGUAGUGCAUCCGCUGAUUUUAAUGCCUUCCUAUGGGAUGUGGAAAAUGAAAUAAAAGUCAGAAGUUUUAAGGGACAUACAAGUAUCGUUAACGGCUUAGAUGUAAUAAAUUUUAAUUUAUUUGCCACUUGUAGUGAUGAUUCUACUGUAAAGGUUUGGGACUUUAGAUGCAAAAAAUGGGUUCACACGGUCACAUAUGAGUAUCCAUUUUUAGCUAUCUGUUCAGACAAAAAGGGGGAAUCUCUCUACGUGUCUUCUGCGGAUGAUAGAAUAAGCAAGUAUUCCGUUACCAGUGCAGAGUUAGAAGAUACCUUUACAGGACAUAAGCAUUACAUAAGUGGUCUAGCGGUAAACAACGAAGAGACCGUCUUGGCAUCCCUCAGUGCAGACGAGACCAUCUGCUUCUGGGACAUUCAACCUUUCCCCUGUGACGACAAACUCUUGUUCCAGCUACCAGCACCCAGGUUUAACAUCGACUACAAUUUAAUUAAACUAUCUUUUAAUAACGAUAGUUUGCUUGCCUGUGGAAGUGGAGACAACCACCUCUACAUUUAUGACUACAAGCAGAAGAUGCUAAAGUACACCUUGCCAGGUCAUACGAGCACCAUAAACGACGUUGCCUUUCACCCGUAUGAGGACAUUGUCGUGUCCUGCUCGUCGGACAAAACGAUUUUUUUGGGCGAGUUGUGA